ACAAUACUGACUCGACGGUUAAAAAACACCCCACAUUUUUCGGUCAACUUUUUGCCUGAACACCGAUUGCGCAUUAAUUUGCAUAGCAGACGGAAUGGCAAGUGAAGGCAGCACACCUGUUAACCUGGACGAUUGUUUGUCAAAAGGCAAGAAACUACCAUUGAAACAAGUGAAGAAGAAAAGCCAACUCAAUAUAUCAAUAGGAAAAUUGAAAUCCAUCUCAAAGCAGCAUAAUUUUAGCUUCUUAAAUGCUUCUGUGCAGGGCAAACAUUGCGGGCGCUGGCCCAGAGCCUUGCAAAGGCUCGUAAGGAGAUGCGGAACAUGCAUAAAGUUAACAAAGAUCUGCUGGCCCAGAACCAGGACCUGGUGAUCAAGGUCAAUCGCCUGAAACAGGUUGCAGGAAUGCGAGACGAUGAAAUUGAGACAGAAUUGCAAAAGAGGAACAAGCAAAUGAUGCAGUCCCUUAAGAAGCUUUGUGAGGAUGCAUCCCGCAUCUACGACGUGUGUGUGGAGCAGAGCAGGCGUAGUACAGGAAUAGGGGAGGGGCGUGGAUCGUCUAUGGGGGCAGGAGAGGACAGGCAGGCGUCUUCUAAUGGCGGGGAGGAGGGGCCUGUCUCGUCAACAGCCGGAGAGGAUGGGCCGGGCCUGUCCAUAAGAGACACAGUGCUGGUAAAAGAUGCUGUACAGUCAGGUCCUAGGAGUGUUCCCUUGAAGACACCGGCCAUGUGUGAGGAUACAGUAGCCUCCAAGAAGGGUGCUACAAAGUCCUCCAGGAAAGGCAAGAGCACCAGCAAGCGGCCACCUAAUCAAAACUCGGCUGGGGUGGACGAGGGGACACCGAAGGCUAAGAAGUCAAAGGCCAGUGCAGAAAACCCCUCUGAGUCUGAUAAAGCUGUGCUAAAGAAGAGGCUCACGAUGAUAAUGAACUCAAAGGCUGCUAGUACCCAGGACAGGAAGAAUGAAGCCCCUUUAAGGGUAGCUGAUUUGGACAGGACUGUAGAGGAGAACCCAGUUCUUCAGGACCUGCAAAUGGAACCAAUCCACGAUGAUGAUGAUGACAGUGAUCGGAAGCAUCGAAGGAACAGGAAUCCAGUGAGCUAUGUGCCCAAACCUCUGAAUGCAAAACUUCGGCAGGGGGAUCAGGGUGUAGAAAAUGGGAAUUCAAACAAAGUGAAGGCCGUGAUCUCGAGACAAGCGAUUGCUCGUAAGACUUGUGUCCCCAAAGUGAGCAGAGACGACAAGGAGAAUGUGGAUCAGACGAAAACCAAGUAGAAUGGAACACUAUGUUGUGAUGCACUGAACAAUAGCAUGGCUGCAGACAAAAUCAAGCAGACAGAAACCUUAUGUAACGAGAUUCUUAAAAAACAAGUAUUAUAAGUGGAUUGGAAACUUAUUUAUAGAUAUGAUAAGUUUAAGGUAUAAGACUACAACUAAUAAAAAGAAGUAUGCCAUAUGACAUACAGCAAAAAAAAUAUGUGGUGUGUAUGUUGCUGUAUUUGUAAAGUGUCUUCAAAGCAUCUUCAACUCUCCUGUGAAUUACUUAUAUGUUGUCUUGAACUUCUGUAAAUAUUUUGUGCAUGUUUUCAUGGUAAAGACUUGUCAUUGUAACGUUGUAUAAAGACGAGAGCACAUCAUCGUACCAAACUGUGUAAAUAGAUCAUUUAAAUAGUAGUCUAUAUGUAUUUAUAUUUGUAUGUUUACAGUGUGGAUGCGGUGCAAAAUUAUAUAUUUGAUUUAAUUCAGGUUAAUGUAUAUACUUGAGGGUAUUUGAAUUUCUCCUCUUUUGUUCUGUUGAUCACAAUGUCCCAGAGUAGUCAGCAUGUUGUCUUGGGGUGUCAUCUACAUUUUGUCUUGGGGUGUCAUCUACAUUUUUCAAUAAAUGAAAAUAAAUAUAAUACUAUAGACAUGUUUAGCUCUCCUGAGUCUGAGGUGGCGAUGUGGUCACCCCAUGUGGGGUGUUGGGUGGUCGAUGUUAUAAUCUUUUAGCUGGUUUACCACUCUUUAGGUCAUAAUUUAAUCUGAUCCCAAUGAACAUUGGUCAGAAUUUUUUUCAGGACAAAAUCAAGGUAGUUUAAAUCUUGGUCGGUACGAAUAGAAAUUAGAUCACCAUGUCUUAUCUUUAACAAAAAAUGCUUGCCACUCUGAAGGGCAAUAUUUAUAACUCAAGCUUGAUUUAACUAGGUUGUUAUCUUGACAAUAUCUAGGCGAAUAUUGAAAAUGGGUCCAGAGUGUCAAAAAACAAAGUCACAAGGUAAAACCUUAAAACAUGAGAGGCCAUAUUAUUGACUCGGACUUCAUUAAACUUGGGCAUAAUGUUAAUCUUUACAAUAUAAAGGCCAUGUUUUAAUCUGGUUCAAGUAAGGUCACAUUGUCAAGUCGUCAACAAUUGAUGUCCCUGAACUAAGAUGAGAGCUAAAGGGCCCUCUUGCUAGAUAUCCAAGUGUGUAUUAUUGUGUGGAAUUUGUUUGUUUGAUCAUAUGAUAUAUGCAUUUUCAAGUUUUUUUCUAAAUGUAGACACUUAAACAUUUUUUUCAGAAGAUAUUUAACCAUUUCCCACUCAGAAGCAAAGUGAAAAUGGCUAUGUGCAAACAGCAUAAAACCAUAACAGCAUGCGAGUGACUCGCAGUCUGUUUAAGUUUUAUUCUGUUUGCUGUUCAUCAGUAUCUCAGGUUAGGAAAUGAAGCUUUAUAAACUUGAAUCUAGUUAGAAGAAUCUUAAUUAACUUAAACUUUUUAAGGGACUACAAAUGCAUCAAAAUAUGUAUCUAAGUGGUAAAGGGUUAAAUAAUAUAUAUAUUUUCCUUGUUUUAUUUGUCACUUUAUUAGCAGAGAUGUUUGUUUGUAUUUAUUUAUGUGUACUUUCCUUCAAUUUAUUUUCAACUAUAAUUUGUUUUAAUCUUUCAAUUAUAAUUUGCUUUAUAUACAUUGCAUCUUUCAUUCAAUUCUUUUGAUGUUUUAAUGCAUACCAAGUCAACCCAAAUGUACCUUCUACAUGUAUAUAGAUAAGUCUAGUUAAGUUUUUGUGCACAAAAUGCAUUACCUGACGUUUGUGAAAGGUCAAAACUAGAACAUAUGUUAAACAAUUACAAAUACUUCCAUGUAAAAAAUAACUGGUUUUCUAAAGACCAAGUUAUUACAUUUUUAAAAUGGAUCUAUGUGCAUAAAGUUUGUUUUUUUUUGUUUAUCUAUUAUUCUUAAUAGGCUUUACCUAUUGUCCUUAAUACAAUCUCUCCCGUUUCUUAUUUUUGAUUGUCACAAUGUCAUGUUAACUUUCCUGUGUGUUUGGGCUGUCAUGAGUGAAAAGACAUUUGUUUUUGUGCAGAAGAAAGAUUGUUUAAUUGACUGAGGAUCUUGUUGUCAUGUUUUGAUAGCUAUUGCUGUUGUUUUCACAUCAUGUUUUGUGUAUAACAUGUUCUACACCUUGGCAUCAAAUUGUUUGCCUUGUGGAAUUUGAUUAAUAUCUAACAAAAAUAAACUUUAUUUGAGCUGGGUUAUAUGUUGUAGCUCCAAAUAGUGACUGAUUAAUAACUCUACUGACUGGAUGUACAAAAUAUACCAGGGUAUUUUGUUUUUGGCCAAUAUCAGUGUAGAGGUAUAAUAAAUGAGAUUAUAUUGUGUGGUAA